CGCCGUGUCCACAAACCAUCGCACUUCAACAGAUGUCACGAGACUGGCCAGAUAAAGUGGCCUCGGCUGGACCAGCGAGAUCAGCAGAGCGAUGCAAAAGCAGACGGACUGGCAACCGAAGGCGGUCAAUCUUGCAGCAAGCCACAUUGUUCCUGAUAUGUGCGCUAGCAACAAGUCAAGUGAUGGUCGCACGAGCGCACACCAUCGAGAUGCAGCCUGCGACAGAAGAAUGCUUCUUCGAAGACUUGCACGCAGAAGACAAAAUGACCGUGACGUAUCAAGUUGCUGGCGGUGGCCACAUCGACAUAGACUUUGAGAUGACAGACCCGGACGAGAAUGUCAUGUAUGCCAACACCAAGCAAGAUACGGGCUCAUAUGACUUUGUCGCUUUCAAAGAUGGGCGAUACACGUACUGCUUCUCCAAUAAGAUGAGCACCGUGGCUGUCAAAACAGUCUCGUUCAAUGUACACGGCGUCAUGUAUGUCGAAGACGAUGGCCAUACCGCGCCAAUAGAGAAAGAGAUCAGGGCCCUCGCCAACGCGCUCGAAGCUGUCAAGGACGAACAAGAGUACAUUGUCGUGCGCGAGCGCUUACAUCGCAAUACUGCCGAGUCGACAAAUGAUCGGGUCAAGUACUGGUCGUUUGCGCAGAUGCUCUUGCUGGCAGUCGUGUGCGCAUGGCAAAUCUACUACCUCAAAAGGUUCUUCGAGGUCAAAUCGAAUGGCUACUAAUGAUCCGCGCUGUGCGCUAUGACGUUGUAUUGCAUGCUGUCCGUCGCCAAGCCA